GCAGUUCAGUGUUGAGUGUUGUGUUGCGUUGAGUGGUCCUGUGGUCCAGCGUGUUCUCCCGGCGAGCCAGAUUGCAUGCUUUGUCUCAAGCCGUCGAGCUAAUUUGAAAUUGGGUGGUUGAUUUUGUCAAGCGACUUUGGUGUGGAUUUUGGUCGGAGGAACCAUGGGGGGGCCCGAACCUUCAACAAGUAAUUUCAAUUGGAGUCAACCUCGUACCUCUAAACCGCUAAGAGAUUUUCGACCACCUCUAAGAACAGAUCCAAGGAACAUCACUGCGAAUAUCCGUCAACUGACUCUUGAAGACAGCUGUCAACGUCCUGCAGCCUUUGUCCACACAGGACAUAGGUCUUCAACUAGGAGAAAUGGCACCAACUAUAGAAGCACAGCUGGCACAUCUGCGCCUUUAACAUCGAUUGAAACGAGGGCUCAGCACAGACUAGAUCAGAAGAGAGAGAAAAUUGCUGAGAGCUUGCCCUCUAAAUAUAAUUUCCGAAUCAUAUCACCACCAAGUGUGGAUAGUCACCAGCCUGAUACUACAGCUUCUUUUGCCCCAGCUUCUUUCACUUCUGAUUUUCCCUCUUCUUUGAAUAGGAAUAAAUCUAGAAUUUCUGAACAGAAGAGAGUUACAUUUUCUGAUAAUCUUCCUCAAAGAUAUGAUUCUCCUAUCAUUGAGGAUGGUUAUAGUAUUUCUAGUAAAUCUAAUUUAAAUUUUAAAUCAAGUAGUUCUGCAUCAUCCAUACCUUGCGCUGAAGAACCAUGUUGUCUGCCCCUUCAGGAGAAGCACUCAUAUGAGAUUUGUGGAAAUGAAUUGAAGAGCUGUGAAGAACAGUUGAAGCAUGCAGUGCAGACCAAUUAUGUGAGAAACAAUUUUAAAGGUAGUCAAAAUUACUGGAAAUUCCGCACACAUGCAUCAAGGCAUCAAGAACAGGAUCAGGAUCGAGACUCAGGUGUGGAUUCACCUCUGUGUAGCACCCCGCUGCCCUCACUUGAUACAUCAGUCUGCAGCGACAGUGAUGAGCAAGAAUCAAUUCCUUCCUCAGUUGACAUGGCCAAGAAAAAUAAUUCCAGUGUUGAAAGCUUUGAUCGUCACUCAGAAAGUGAUGUUUCUUUUGAUCAAUCAUCAAUUCUCACAAUUGAUGAUGAAAUUAUCUGCUUGAAUCCCGGACAACCUGUUCCUCAACCAAUUCCUUUAAUUGCUGUCCCUGAACACUUGCGCAGAUUAAACCAUACCAUGUCUGAAUCAAUUCUAUCUGAUAGCUCCUCUGGUGUGAGCUCACUCAGCCACAGUCAGAGAACAGAUGACUCACUUUCCCUGAGUAGCCAAAGUAGCUGUUUGUCUCCUGUUCCCAAAUUAGGUAAUUCAAGUGAAGCCCUUGAUAGUUCAGAAUCUUCAGAAAAGAUUGUAGAAAGCUGGAAAGCAUCCUUCUCUGCAUCUUCUUUAAAGUAUCCGGUGAAGUCAAGUUGCAAUUUUGCUCAGAAAGAGAGUGCAGCUUCAGUAAGUCCUAGCUACAAGUGGGAGGACAGUACUAAUAUGUCUGCAAUGGGACUUCCUACAUCUUUUGGUACUCCAAACAACAUGAAGCGCAAGGCAGUUGAUUCACCAAGGGCAGAUGCCAGUUUUGAAGAAAUGACAAAUAUGUACUACUCAAAACGUUAUAAGUUUCAGUCUGCCGACUGGAAGCUACCAGAUCCAGAUGUGCUGUUUUCAUCAGACGUGUGGAAAUUAGAUGAUUUUAUCUCACUGAAGCAGAGUCUAAAUGCUGUUAAAGAUGAGCUAAAUGAUUUUCCCCUUCAGGACUGGCAUUCACAUACAAGACGUCGCAACAAGGCCGGGAAUGUCAUUUGGCAGUUGCGGAAAAAAAUUGAUCCUGAACUUCCAACCCAAGCUUGGUGCAAAUUUUAUGAGAAUGCGUCCGCUUUUCCCCUGGUCCCUCAAAAGGCUGUUGAUCAGAAGUGUCUCAACUCAAUUCACUUGUGUGAGGCACCUGGAGCUUUCAUCACAUCAUUGAAUCAUUUCCUUCAUGUGAAUUAUGGCAAUGAUUUCAAGUUUGACUGGAGAGCUGUCACAUUAAAUCCAUACUAUGAAGGUAAUCCUCUCUCCUGUAUGAUCAAUGAUGACCGUCUAAUACUGAAAACUUUAGAUAAGUGGCUUUUUGGAAAAGACAACACAGGAGACUUGAUGAACAAGGAGAAUCUUCUGGAUAUCAUUGAAAAGUCCUCUGAGCUGGAAGAAAUUCUUCUCGUCACUGCGGAUGGAAGUAUUGACUGCCAAAACAAUCCGGCAGAACAGGAAGACAUUGUUUCGUGGCUUCAUAGCUGUGAAACUAUUGCAGCCUUGCACAUGCUUGCUCCAGGAGGUAGCUUCCUCAUAAAAAUGUUCACUUUCUAUGAACAGUCUUCUAUAUGUCUGUUAUACUUACUUAAUUGCAUGUUCAAAAAUGUAACAGUAAACAAACCUGUUACAAGUAAGGAAGGAAAUUCAGAAGUGUAUGUUGUUUGCUGUGGAUACAAAGGCUUGUCUACAGCUAAGCCUUGGUUAGAUGUCUUGUUGAAUAACUAUGGCCCGAAGGCCCCAACAAAGGCUUUGUUUCCCUUGGAAGACUUGCCAAACAGUUUUCUGGAUGAAGUUUAUAAUUGUGCUGACUUUUUCCGCAAACUUCAGACUGAUGUGAUUGAAGAAAAUAUCAGAUCCUAUCGGUUUCCCCAAAAAAGGGAUAAUUAUGUUACUGCUACUAUGAGGCACAGGAUAGCUGACAACUUUUUUUCUAGGCAUAAAGUACGGAAAUUAAGUAGAGACUUAUAUUUGGUUGACAAACGACAGCUGAGAGAUGUUGCCACACCAAACAUUGAUCCAAAGACCGAGGAAGGAUCCUUUAACGACAGAAAGAAACGCAUGACACUAAGCCCACAAGAAGAACUGAAGUGUCUGGAUGAUGACCUCCUACACUUGAAUGUUGCUUGGCCUGGAGAUUAUGAUGUGUUUUGGAUAGAUUUUCCACAAAACCCUCAUGGGUUCAAGAUUGUCAGAGGUAAACCUAUUUCGAAGGUCAAUAGCUCCAAGUUCUGUUUAGGAGGGCUUUUGAAAAUUCGUAACAGAGUCAGAGAAAUUGCUUACGAGUUUAAAGGAACAAUUUCACCCUGUUCAUCUCAAUGUGAUGACAGAGAAAUCCCGUGGCCGGAUGAACCAGAAGAACAGGCCAAAAGAAAAGUUUUCACUCUGGAUUUUAAGAAUGAACUGUGGGCAUCUCUUGAAGACGGGAGCAAUGCUAUUAAUGAAAAAAAUGCAUGCAGAAAAAUUCUUUCAGCUGUUGAGAAUGAGAUUUUUCGUGAUGACUGCCUGGAAUUGAGAGGGUAUCCUCUCCUGACCCAGUUCAAUGUAGGGCUUGUAUAUCUUCUUGGUCAUCUGUUUGAGAAGGUGGGCUUUGUGAAGCCUUUGGGCCAGGACAUCAGAGUUCUAUUUUACAAAUACAGAAAGUUCAAUCCUGAAAUGAAACAUCACUGGGAUGAAGUUGUCUCUGUUAUGGACCAUGAGAGCGAAGUUGUCUUAUCAGUUGUCCAAAUUUCUGAACUUUCGGAUGGUGACUUCUACAAAUAUGUUACUGAGAUAAACAACUUGUGUGUUGUUGAGCAGAUCAAAGAUCUCUUGAAAACAAUGGCUACAGAUGAGUAAUGUCCGUUCCUCUAAACUAGCUACUGUGAUACUAUUUUAAAAUACAGUUGUACAUUGUCCUAUGUGACUACUGCCUAGAGCAGACACAUCAGGUUAAUAACUGAUUGCUUUUCCCUAUUUUCUUAGCGUACUUUUUUUUAUAAAUGAAACUCCCUUAUUCAAUUUAUAGUAUUCUGCAUGAAAGUUGCUAUGCAACAGUUAAUUAAAUAUAGAUUAUAAUUAAGCAUGUUAUAAGAUACUUGCCUGCUUUUAAAAAUGAUUUACCAAUUAUUAAUAUUGUUUCCUUCAGUAUUUUUUUUUUCUUGAUUUGAAACUUGCUUGACAUUUUAUAUUUUUCACACCAUACUGAAAUGUCAAUUCCUCUUGUGUGUUGUAUUGACAUCUUCAAUUACCCAAUUUGUUUCGAAUGUCUAGUUCUUCAUUAAACUAGUCCUGUCAGCAUUCUGA